GCGGAGGGAAGGCACACGCGCGCGAGCUUUUCCAGCCACUCGCUUGCAGAUGCGACUGGACGGGCUCAGGUUUGCGGGGAAUAACUACAAAAUCAACAUUCCUUGUGGCUUCUCGUUGGAGUCCGUCCUCACCUUACAAGCACUUCUCAAGCUCUGCAGAAUGAACAGGGCAUUUAACAGGAGAAAGGAUAAACCCUGCAUGCACACACCUGAAGCCUUGGUGACUCCAAUAUUCCUUUGUCUGCUAUUGAGUCGUUUCCCCUAUGUGCUACAUCGCACGCUCUGCAUAUUCUAUCACACCAGCCUGAGUGAGCGGUGUAAGGCACGCCUACCAGCGAACGGUCCCAAGGAGGAUUUCGCCGCUUUCGUGGAGUGGGUGCUGGAGAGAAAUGGACUGUAUUUCUCCGUCUGCCCCGCCAAGGAGGACAUCUCCAGCCCCACUCACGAACCAGAGACCAGCCAGCCGUCAUCCCGCUGCACGGAGCAAGAGCCUGAGCCCACCGCGACACGAGAGCCAGCGUGCAAAACCACGACUGAGCCGAUCGUCGCCCAGGAGCAUGAGCCUCAAGACCGUUCUGACCAGACCAGCCAGCCGUCAUCCCGCUGCACGGAGCAAGAGCCUGAGCCCACCGCGACACGAGAGCCAGCGUGCAAAACCACGACUGAGCCGAUCGUCGCCCAGGAGCAUGAGCCUCAAGACCGUUCUGACCAGUUUCAAAAGCACAUCAAGAAGUCAGAGGGGCAGAAAACUCCUAAAGUGGAGCUUCAGAUCUCUAUAUAUGGUGUGAAGAUAUUGGACCCUAAAACCAAGGAGAUGCAGCAUAACUGCCAACUUCACAGAAUGUCCUUCUGUGCAGAUGACAAAACAGAUAAAAGAAUCUUCACCUUUAUCUGCACAGAACCCGAGACGAAGAAACACCUGUGUUACGUGUUUGACAGUGAAAAAUGUGCGGAGGAGAUCACUCUUGCUAUCGGACAAGCCUUUGAUCUCGCCUACAAAAAGUUCCUAGAGUCUGGUGGAAAAGAUGUAGAGACGAGAAAACAGAUUGGAAACCUUCAGAAACGAAUUCAGGAUUUGGAGAUGGAGAACUCAAAACUGAAGAAGAAGCUUAAGGAGCUGGAGGAUCAGAUGAUGGAUUCUCGCUGCUCGCCAAAGCCGUCUGCCUUGUCCUGGUGUGGUGAUGAUGUCACAUCACUGUCCAGCCUAGAGAUCUCCUCUGUCACUCUAACGCCUGUCAGCUCACCCGAUUCCAGCCAAUCAGCAAGCUUGCUCACCCAGCCUCCUGCUAAGCCCACCCACUCACAGCCCACAAGUGGUUACAUCGUGCCACGACCUCGUGCUGGAAGCAUACAAGCUAGAGUGCCCUCUACUGACAUAUUUGAUAUGGUUCCAUUCACCCCCGAAUCUCCAAUAACAAGACGAUUGAACUGUAACGGCAUCUCAUCUCCGUACCUGCCUCCUAAAAAAGACAGAGAUAUAGACCUGUUUGGAGCAGAACCAUUCGAUCCAUUCAUUUGUGGACCAGCUGUCUUCACCCCAGACAUCCAGUCCAAACUGGAUGAGAUGCAGGUGAGCAUAAUUAGUCUUUUAUGUUUUUUUUUAAUCUUUCAUUUAGAUAAGCAGCAAUAUUGA